AUGGCGAGGUGGUCCUCUGCGCCGCGAGGGGGAGGAAAGGCGUCCGGCGGAGGAGCUAAUGGCCGCGGCGCCGAAGAGAUCGCCGCUAUCGCGGAUUCGGCGGCGGUGGCUGCCGUGGAAACGGGCGGAGGAGAAGAACGGCGGCCGCCGGUGAGCGGCGAGAAUAGACCCGCCGCCGGUGGCGAGGAGCAUCGCUACGACUUCCGCGUGUGCGGCCCCCGCAAUCUUUCCUCUCCAAACUGGAGGGAUAUCUUCAAUUCCAGCUGGUAAAAGACACACUCUCUCUCUCUAUAAUUUCUCUCUCGCCCCCCGAUCUCAGAUGUUUCCUUCCAUCUCUGCUCUCUUUCCUUCGAUUACAGUCCCCCGAUCAGACCUCUUCUUGAGGUUUUCUUGAUCAUCCCAUCCCGCCAACCUUCUCUCUUUAUUCUCUCUCUAUCUACCUCUCUCUUGCCUGUACUAAAAAGAUUAGAUGAUGGCGGUCGUGGUGAAUGGCAGGAAGGAUCCCAAGUACAAGAGGAUGGCGAUCGCCUGCUUCAUACAGGGGGUCUACCUGAUGGAGCUCGACAGGCAGGAGAAGAAGAAGAGGGCAGCGGCGGUGGCGGCGGAGGCGGUGGCGGAGGAGGUCGGCGGCGGUAGCGCCGGUGAGCUGGCCCCAAGGUGGUGGCGGCCCUUCAAGUACAAGCUCGCGGAGACCCUGGUGGACGAGCGCGACGGCUCCAUUUACGGCGCCGUGCUCGAGUGGGACCGCGCCGCCGCCCUCUCCGAGUUCAUCCUCCUCCGACCCGCCGCCGCACCGAGGGCCGUCGUCGCGCUGCGGGGGACCCUCCUCAGCGGCGCCACCAUCCGCCGGGACCUGGAAGACGACCUCCGCUUCCUCGCCUGGGAGAGCCUCAGGGGCUCCGCCAGGUUCGCCGGCGCACUCCAUGCGGUGGCGGCUGCGGCGGAGCGGCACGGUGGCGCCGCCGUCUGCGUCGCCGGGCACUCGCUCGGCGCCGCCCUCGCUCUGCAGGUCGGCAAGGCGCUCGCCAAGGAGGGGGUCCUCGUCGAGUGCCACCUCUUCAACCCGCCCUCCAUCUCCAUGGCCGCGAGCUUCAAGAGCUUCGGGGAGAAGGCCGCCGCCGCCUGGAAGAGGCUCCGGGGGGGGGACGACGGAGACGGAGACGGCGCCGCCGCCGCCGCCGCUGGCGAGGGGGAGGCUGCGGCGGCGGCGAAGAAGGAGAAAAACAGGUGGGCGCCGCAUCUGUACGUGAACAAUAGCGACUACAUCUGCUGCUACUACUACGCCGACCGCCCCUCUGUCGCCGGAGAAGAACAAGAAGAAGAAGAAGAAGAAAAAGGCGAAAGCGGUGGCGGUGGGGUUGGUGGCGCCGCCGGCGGGAGGAAGGAGGGGGCAGCCGCGGCGGCGAAGCUCUUCGUGGCGGCGAAGAAAGCCCCGCAGAAAUUCCUCGAGGCCCACGGCCUGCAGCAGUGGUGGUCUGACGACAUGGAACUCCAACUCGUCCCGGGCAACCGGAGCAAGCUCAUCGACCGGCAGCUCAGGUCUCUCUACACCGCCACCGCCGCCGGCGCCGCCCUCCCACAAAGGCUCCCCUAG